AUGUCUGGACUGCGGAAGGUGCUGAUGCUGCACGGGUUCGUGCAGUCGGACAAGAUUUUCAGACAGAAGACCGGCGGGUUGAGGAAAAGUCUCGCAAAGAUGGGCUACGAACUGUGGUACCCUUGCGGGCCGGAGCUUGUCGAUAAACGGUCUCUGGUGUCCGAUGAUAAAGCAGAGGUGGAUAAAGAUGCUGAGGGGGAGCCAGUGUACGGGUGGUGGAUCAAGUCUGGUACUCCCACGACAGGGCAGCAGUACACAGUCCCAGACGCGACGAUCAAGUACUUACACGACUACGUGGUGGAGAAUGGACCCUUCGAGGGGGUUAUUGGGUUUAGCCAGGGGGCAGCACUUGCUGGGUACCUCUCCACGGGGAUCAAUGCGAUUCUCGGGUUGACCCCAGAGGAACAACCACCGUUGCAAUUCCUCGUGUCGUUCAGCGGGUUCAGGCUGGAACCGGCCGCCUACCAGCAAUCCUACGACACGAACAGCGAGUGGGUACCCUCACUACACGUGCAGGGCGGCCUGGAUGCUGUGGUUUCAGAGGAACGAGUGCGGCGACUGUACGAUACGUGGCCGGAGGACAAACGCACGCUGCUGAUACACCCGGGGAGUCAUUUUGUGCCCAACUCGAAGCAGUUUGUCACUAAAGUGUGCAACUGGCUGACGCACGUACAAAAGAUUACCAAGCCCCCUGGUGGUAAAGAAACCGGGACACCCCGGGGGGGCACAAUCCAAGAUGACACUAAACCCGCCGCCCUCGACGACGAUCUUUUGCAGAUGAUGGAUUCCUUUGGAGGAAUAUAA